AUGGGUACGGAGGAGAUGGAGGCGGUCAUCAUCGCCGGCGUCCUCCGGCGAGCUGGCGCUGACGUGACGCUUGCCUCUGUGGAGGACGGCCUCGAGGUGGAGGCGUCCUGCGGCUCCCGCAUCGUCGCCGACACGCACAUUGCCUCCUGCGCUGACCAAAUGUUCGAUCUUGUGGCUCUCCCGGGAGGAAUGCCUGGUUCAGUGCGGUUGAGAGAUAGUGAUAUCCUUCAGAGGAUCACAGUUAGACAGGCUGAGGAGAAAAGAUUGUAUGGUGCUAUAUGUGCCGCACCGGCGGUUGUUCUAAUGCCGUGGGGUCUCCACAGGAGAAAAAAGAUCACCUGUCACCCAUCUUUUAUAGGAGAUCUCCCUGCAUUCCGAGCUGUUGAAUCAAAUGUUCAGGUUUCAGGAGAGCUUACUACAAGUCGUGGCCCAGGGACAGCAUUUCAGUUCGCUUUAUCAUUUGUUGAACAAAUGUUUGGACCUCGUGCAGCUGAAGAUAUGAACAGGAUUUUGAUGGCACAAACUCACGACGAUCUUGAAAGGAGUGCAGAAGUCAAUGAACUUGAGUGGUCUGUUGAUCGCAAUCCUGAUGUUCUUAUUCCAAUUGCAAAUGGGUCUGAAGAGAUGGAGAUCAUAAUUCUGGUUGAUAUUUUAAGACGGGCAAAGAUAAAUGUGGUAUUAGCGUCAGUUGAAAAAUCUCCAACUAUUCUUGGAUCCCAAAGGAUACAGAUUGUUGCUGAUAAAAGCAUUAUGAGUGCCUCUGAUUCAAUAUAUGAUCUAAUCAUUCUUCCUGGAGGACCUGCUGGAGCUGAGCGGCUGCACAGGUCCAGAAUUCUGAAGAAGUUACUCAAACAACAAAUGCAAGCUGGCAGGAUGUAUGGUGGGGUUUGUUCUGCUCUGAAGGUUCUGCAGCAGCAAGGUUUACUCGAGGAUAAAACAGUGACAGCUCAUCAUGCUGUAGCCAGUGAGCUCACAUGCCAAGUUAUAGACCAACCAAAGGUUGUGAUCGAUGGGAAUUUGAUCACUGGUAAGGGGCUUGGGACAGUUGUUGAUUUUGCCCUAGCUAUCAUCAGGAAAUUUGUUGGCCAUGGACGAGCCAAAGCUGUGGCGAAUGGAAUAGUUUUUGAGUACCCUAAGAGCUAA